AUGGCGCCUCGACGAGGAGGAUCUAGCUUUUCCUUUGGCGGCUAUGACUCGGACUCGCCCUGGGAUGACGAGGUCUAUUUUUCUCUGAGAUACGCAUGGGCCUCACAAAAGUCGCUCCUCAUCGCCGAGUUUGUGUUCUAUGUGCUCAGCUUGAUCGCGUUCCUCGUCUUUCUUGUCUGGGCGUGUCUACUGCGCAGCAACCGAGUACCGCGGAAGGGACUCCUUCUCGCGCUUUUCUUUUCGCUUCUGACCGAAAUCAUGAACCUCAUCUAUCCGAUCUUCUACUUCGCCGAUGCACACGUGAAACAGUACCAUGUCAUCGUCUCGUUCCUCGACAUGUUUUUCUCUAUGGUUUCAUUCUGUCUCACCUUCUAUGUGUUCUGGAGCCUUGUCCAUCGCUUCCUGGAGCGUCUUACGGACUCGGGUCGGCCUUAUGCUGCGGUGAACAUCGUCCACUGGGCUCUUCUGGGUCUAACUGUCCUUCUCUCAAUUGCCGAAUGGGGGCUGUAUGUCGCGUUCCGAGUGCGGGAUGUCCAGGACGGCUACAGCAUUGGUCUGGUAUACCACUAUACCAGGCUGGAUGCUGCACGCUUCAUCAUCUUCUGGCUGUUCUCGUUGGAGAUACUGGCCUGGUCCAUCUUUGUGAUUGUCAAAGCGGGCAGUCAUCGAUUCCAGUCCAAGAUGCCCGUCUUGGCCUUUAUCGUCGGCUGCAUCUUCUGGUUCGCCCUGAACCUCAUGUACAUCGUCAUCGCCAUCCGCUACAUUCUGGAUACGCGCCACCUCAUGCCGCGCUACACCACGACCGCCAGGUCCGUGGUCGAGUUCUUCUUCAACGUCGCCAUGUUUGUCGCUGUUCUUUUCUGCUGCUCGAACUGGCGCAAGCUGGGCGAUGAGCUUGAUAAGCCACUGCAGCAGCCUCAGCCGGUAGCACCGGCGGCUCAGUUCCAGCAGUUCCCGUAUGGGUCCGCGCCCUACCAGCCGUAUCAGCAACCGCAUGCGCAAACUACAUAUGCGCCGCAGGGGCAGCAGGCGUAUCCGCAGCAACAGCCGACUUAUCCUGUGCCGCAGCAGCAAGCUUAUCCUCAGCAACAACAAGCCUAUCCUCCCCAGCAGCAACCCUCUCCAGCAGGCCCUCAAUGA